AUGUCGCUCAAGUGCUUGAUGAGAACUUUGCCAACACGACUGACGGUUCAUCAGUUCGGAAUAAUAACGAUAAUAAUUUUAAACACUGUUCCUUAUUCCAUCAAUGCUGAUCCGAAUCCCAGAGCCUCAGUGCAUCCCAAGGUGUUGCUGAUCUCAUUCGACGGAUUCAGACACGACUAUUUCGACUCGCACGGUCCUUUGCCGGCCCUCGAAGCAUUGGCAGACGCGGGGACAUACGUACCGGAAGUGACUAACGUGUUUCCUACAAAGACCUUCGGGAAUCACUUGUCCAUAGUGACUGGACUGCAUCCCGGAUACCACGGCGGAUACGCCAACACUAUUUACGACCGUGACACUGGUCAAGUCGUGAGUCUGUUCAGCGAUGCAGGGGAGAAAUUCGUGGGGCGGAAUCCUGGAGUACAAGCGCAGAUCCACAUAAUUCGAAAGCAUCCAGGGCAAAAUAUGUUGCUCAAGUGCUUGAUGAGAACGUUGCCAACACGACUGACGGUUCAUCAGUUCGGAAUAAUAACGAUAAUAAUUUUAAACACUGUUCCUUAUUCCAUCAAUGCUGAUCCGAAUCCCAGAGCCUCGGUGCAUCCCAAGGUGUUGCUGAUCUCAUUCGACGGAUUCAGGCACGACUAUUUCGACUCGCACGGUCCUUUGCCGGCACUCGAAGCAUUGGCAGACGCGGGGACAUACGUACCGGAAGUGACUAACGUGUUUCCUACAAAGACCUUCGGGAAUCACUUGUCCUUAGUGACUGGACUGCAUCCCGGAUACCACGGCGGAUACGCCAACACUAUUUACGACCGUGACACUGGUCAAGUCGUGAGUCUGUUCAGCGAUGCAGGGGAGAAAUUCGUGGGGCGGAAUCCUGGAGUCUUGCCCCUGUGGGAGGACUCUCUCCAGGGCCGGCCUAAGGCGGGUGCAGCGGGUUCACUGCACACGGGCGCCUGGCUAGGGGGGGCGCAAAAAUCAGUGCCAGGGUUGGCGCAAAAAUCAGACCUGACC